AAAUACUGAUGAUGUCAUCGUGUGAAGAUGGCUGAAGGAGAAGCUUGGUGGGGAGGCUGGAUUCAGCAGAGUUUCCAGGCCGUCAAAGACAAGUCGUCUGAGGCCUUUGACUUUCUAAAGCGAGACCUUACUGAGUUCUCCACUGUAGUGCAGCAUGACACAGCCUGUUCAAUUGUGGCUACAGCCAAUGCUGUCAAGAACAAACUUGCUGUGGAAGGCUCUUCUGAGACGACAGAAAAAGUGAAAAAGAGUCUGUCUAGUUUCCUUGGGGUCAUAACCGACACUCUUGCUCCACCACCUGAUAAAACAAUUGAUUGUGAUGUAAUCACGUUGGUGGCAACACCAGCAGGAACCACGGAGGUUUACGACAGCUCGAAGGCGCGUCUCUACAGUUUGCAAGCUGACCCCGCUACAUACUGCAACGAGCCUGAUGGUCCUCCUGAGCAGUUUGACACCUGGAUUUCCACUUUCAGUCUGGAAGAUGUGAAAGGAGAAAUCUCAGAGCUCCUGGUCAACAGCCCCUCCAUACGAGCGCUUUACACCAAAAUGGUGCCAGCUGCAGUUUCCCAUUCAGAAUUCUGGCAGAGGUAUUUCUACAAAGUCUUCCAGCUGGAUCAGGAGGAGGCGAGAAGAGUGGCCCUGAAGCAGAGGGCGGAGCAGAGUGCACACAUAGAGACCCUGGGCUGGGAGGAGGAAGAGGAGGAUGACUUCCUUGGCGCCACAUCUUCUCAACUCAACACUACACCCCCUUCUGAGAGCAGUUCAACCCCCCUGCCUGGCUCCUCGAUAGCGCCUUCAGAGGCGACUUUGCUGAGCCCGCUCCUUUCUCCAAACGAAGAGCGUGACACCACCCUUUCUGUUAGCAGCGACAGCGUCAGCCUGCCAACGCAGGUAGAAGUGCAGCCUCCGCCCGCUGCCAUGGAGCUUGCCAAGAAACUAACAGAAGCAACCUUGGAGGGUGUUGUUCACAAGAAACAAGACGAGCAGAGUCCCAGAAAGAAGGACUUCCCUCACCAAGAUAAAGUUGAACCUGUAAAACAUCCGGGGGCCACUCCAAAUGGGGCAUCCUUGCAGACCCCUGCCUCUAAACAACCGGGGAACGCAAAAGAAGAGGGGCCACAAGACCUAAGAGCGUUUGAGCUCAACUCUGACAGUGGGAAGUCUACACCCUCUAACAAUGGCAAAAAAGGGUCCAGCACCGAUGUGAGCGAAGACUGGGAGAAAGACUUCGACCUGGACAUGACGGAAGAAGAAGUUCAACUGGCGCUCUCUAAAAUAGAUGAUCCUGCAGAGCUGGAUGAGGACUGGGAUAACUGGGAGUGAGAGCCUCACACACAGACUGUGUCGCUAUUAAAAGCUAGUUCACGGCAGAUGAACCAUGCUUCUCGUGUUUUAACUCGUUGUCCACUCAUGUCAUGAUUGUCAGUAGCAGAUUAUCUGGCUGAUUUGGACCAUAUAAACCUGUUGUAAAAUCAACAAGAAGACCAAGGCAAUAAGAAUUUACUGCUGUGUCAGCUUUCAGAUUAGUGCAGAUAAACCUCCAGAGGAGCUAAUAACUCAGAUCUGAGUCACAUCUCGCUUGGAGCGUUUAUGAUGCUAUAUAUGACACCUUGUAAUCAUUCUGACCUUAAAGCUGAAGGACAUGCAAGUCGGAAUGUUAAAAAUUCUCAUCAGCUACAGGAGAGGAGUUUUUUUUUUGUUUGUUUGUUUGUUUUUCUUUCAUUAAAUCCAUUAAAUGUUGCAAGUCUGUUUGAGGUUGAUGUUUUAUUUGUGGGCUGCAAAAUAGCCAUAAACUGUAAUGCUGCUUGUCUCCUUUCUAAGAUGGAAGUGAUUUUUGAAUGAUGAUCAACCCGUGUCCCUGUCUUUUCUUCUUCUUCACACAUUUUUCACCUUUUAUUAUGCAAGUGAAUCCUCAAAAUAAGAAUAUAUUAGAGUCCUCUUAACUCUAAAUAUGACCUUGUAAAAACACACAGCAGUGUUACGAUGUUAUCCAAAGGCUUUAGUUCCCUGUUUAAUCGUAAAAAUGUCAAUAUAUGAGCUCGUUGCCGACUUGUUUAAAUGUGUUGUAAUAUUUAGGUAGAGGGAACUUUUAUCACUUGUCCUUGACUAAGUGAUCAUGUUAAACUUCAUCAUUUAUUUGACUUUUGAGCUUCAAUUUGAGGAAGUAGCGUUUGUUAUUUUGACAGAUUAGUGCAGUUUUAAGUUUCUCGGUUGGAUGGAUGUCGCAGCAGACUGUGCCAAGUAGAUCAAGAAGCAAUUUGAGCAGGCUACAUUCUCUUUUUGCUUUCCUCCAUCUGUACCGUAUCAGAGAAACCUAG